UUUAAAUUAAAUAUUCCGUCUCACAAUUAGACGCCUAUCUCCAAAGAUUAGACCCUUGUUAAACUAAUCCACAAGUGCAAGUGUGUUAGUGUGCAAGAUUAGUUAAUGUUAAGAUGAACGCUAUCAACCAACAAAUGAAAUUUAGGGCAAAUUAAGUCAGAUAAGGCACAUGCUCGGUUUCUUGAUCCAAUAACAAAACUUUUGCCGCAAUUUAUUAUCCAGAUUCCAAACCCAAUUACCCAAACAACUGAAUCAAGAUUUAUUUUCCAACCCAUUUUAAAAUUUUCUAUGUCUUCACCUUUCGAUUUCCAAAUCUGCAAUCGAUCCCAUCUUUUUUCUUCAAUUCUUGUCUGUAAAUUGCUGUUAAUCAUUAAAAUUUCCAACCUUUGAGAGAUCCCACUGGAAAAUUUUCCGCAAAAGUGAAAGAAAAUGGAGAGAAUAGAAGGAGAUCAAGGUGAAGAAGAAAAAAUGGGGUUGGAACAUUUGCCUUCAGCUUUGCUUGCAACUAUAAUUGCCAAGUUAGAUAUGGCUUCAAUUUGCUCUGUUGCUUCAACUUGCCGAACUUUCAAAUCUUGUGCCUCUCAUAUCCUUACUUUCCUCCCUACUGUUCACCUUAUGGAUAUUGCUCCAUCAAUGGAUUUGUUAGUUCCCCUUUUACCACCAAACCCUUAUCUCACUAGCUUGAAGAUUGAUUGUUGUCGGCUUGACGAUUCUGCAAUUAACAACCUCAUUCGGCCUUCAUUACAAGAGCUUUUUCUACAUAAUUGUGGUGAUUUUAGUGGUAGAUUGCUCUCUGAGAUCGGUACACAAUGUUGUGAUUUAAGGUCUCUUUACCUAGGUUCUGUGGGUGAGAAAAGGGGUCGUGCAAUUCAUAUUUCUGAUCUGGAGGAGUUACUCAGAGGUUGCAUUGAACUGGAAACACUAAAUCUGAUGUUUGAUGUUUCGAUAUUUCUUCGGCAUAAUUUUGCCCGUGCGUGGACUUUGGCGUCUACAAAUUUAACUUCCCUAGAAAUCGGCUACAUCUCAUCGGUCAUGGUAACAGAAUUGCUUAGCCCGACUCCCGGGCCUACUCAGUUCCUGCAGCAAGAACAGCCACCUGUACUGCCAAAUCUUCAGAAGCUAUCCCUUUCUGUAGAUUAUAUUACCGACACUAUGAUCAACACAAUAUCCCAGAAUCUCACAUCAUUGAUUCAUUUAGAUCUUCGUGAUGCUCCUAUCAUCGAGCCAAGGGUAACCUUCGAUCUUACAAACAAUGGCCUUCAACAUAUUAACCAACACGGAAAGUUGAAACAUCUUUCAUUGGUUCGUAGCCAAGAGUUCCUCAUAACUUAUUUUCGCCGAAUCAAUGAUCUGGGUAUCCUCCUUAUGGCCGACAAAUGUGCAAGUAUGGAAAGUAUUUGUCUUGGUGGCUUUUGCCGGGUUACAGAUACGGGUUUUCGGGCUAUUUUGCAUGCGUGCACAAACCUGUACAAAAUCAAAAUAUCGCAUGGCACCCAACUAACAGAUCUUGUUUUUCAUGACAUCUCAGCUACCCCAUUGUCAUUAACUCAUGUCGGGUUGAGAUGGUGUAAUCUCUUGACAAAUUUUGCAAUUUCACAUUUGGCCUCAAAUUUGGAUCUUACGGUUCUUGACCUUCGAGAUUGCCGAAGCCUUGGUGAUGAAGCGCUGUUAGCAAUCAGCAGUCUUCCUAAACUAAAGUCAUUACUUGUUGAUGGAUCAGAUAUAACUGAUGCAGGAAUUUUACAUCUGAGGGAAAGAGCCGCUAGCUCGCUCGUCUCCCUUUCUGUUAGAGGCUGCAAGAGACUUACUGAUAAAUGCAUCACAGCCCUGUUCGGUGGCAGUUCAAAUCCCGUGUUGCAAGAAUUGGAUUUGUCAAAUCUCCCUAAUCUCAGUGAUAAUGGCGUUCUACUGCUGGCUAAAAGCCGGGUUCCAAUCUGUGAGUUCCGAAUGAGGCAAUGCCCUCUCAUAGGUGACACUUCCGUCAUGGCAUUGGCCUCGAUGCAGGUAGAUGAUGACAAAUGGCACGGAAAUUGCCUUCGUUUGCUGGAUCUCUAUAACUGUGGGCGCAUAACAGCUCUUUCUUUCCGCUGGCUUAAGAAACCGUACUUUCCGAGGUUAAAAUGGUUGGGAGUGACAGGAAGUGUAAACAGAGACAUGGUCGAUGCAUUAGCUCGAAGUAGACCUUAUCUACAUGUUGCUGGUCGUGGUGAGGAGCUAGGAACCGACCAAUGGGACCAUGGAGAUGGAUUUUACAUCCAUGACUAUGAAGAAACGGACGAACUCGAACAAUUUAUCAUGGAAGACGAUGAUGAAAUCAGCGAUGAAGAGAUGGCAGAAGCUGAAGAUAAUGAAGAAUUCGAAGAAUAACAAACUGCGAGGUAUAAGCUCUUUGCAAACAUCGUCUUUGUUAUAUUGUACUGUUGUACUUUUAGUCCGAUUUUGAUCAAAUUUCUUCCGUUGCUUUUAUUUAUUUUUGCGAGAGUGGUUUAUCGUUGUCUAGUAUUUGAUUAUUGGCCGUUCGUGAACUGAUUGCUACUAGUUGUGUCGAAAUUGUAACAUGCUGAUUAAUUUAUGUACUGAAAAAUAAACAAAUGGAACUGUAAUUCUAAUUUUACUCGUGCAACAGUUUUGCUCCUGAA